AUGUUUGUAUUUGAUUGGUUUUACAAUGUAUUAGGCUACUUGGGACUGUACCACAAGAAUGCCAAGAUCUUGUUUCUAGGUCUGGAUAAUGCUGGCAAGACUACUCUUUUGCAUAUGCUAAAGGAUGAUCGUGUUGCAGUGCAUGAACCCACACUCCAUCCGAAUUCGGAAGAACUGAUUAUUGGCAAAUUACGUUUGCGUACGUUUGACUUGGGCGGACAUGAAACAGCACGUCGACUAUGGCGAGACUACUUUGCAACGGUGGAUGGUGUGGUGUUUGUUGUGGAUGCACUGGACCGUGAACGCUUUCCGGAGUCGAAGCGUGAACUGGACACGCUACUGGGCUAUGACGAGCUAGCUAAUGUACCGUUCUUGGUACUGGGUAACAAGAUUGAUGUGCCACGUGCUGCAUCUGAGGAGGAACUACGCAGUGCACUAGGUCUGUACGAGACGUACGGCAAGGAAGCUCGUGGUGACAAAGAUACCAGCAUUCGCCCUAUUGAACUGUACAUGUGUUCUGUGGUUCGUCGGAUGGGCUAUGCGGACGGCUUUCGCUGGAUGGCACAAUUCUUGUAG